AUGCUCGCACAUGGUGCAGCAGCGCUGUGGGUGUGUGAGUGUGGCUUUCGGAACCGCGACUCCAAUGUCGUUUGUGGUGGUUUUGGCAAGCUCGGUUGCAAGAAGCCCCGGCCAUCAUCACAGCACGAGGACUUGCCACAACAUCCGGGCCGGAAUUUGCACGCAGAUGCUGUGCUUACUGAGACGCCUGCCGGUCCAGCACUAGAUGUGUCGCCACCAGAUGAUCUUGAGCUGAAGCUACUCAGCCUUUUACAGCGAGAGCCGGAGUCGCAGCCGCCUUUGCAUGCGACAGACGCGACAGACACGAAAGACUCCCAGAUUCUUGGAAACGCCGCAGUGCAAUCGCUCCCCUCCCAAAGUACACCGGAGAUGCUGGAAUGGACGUGCCAAUGUGGAUUCCGGAAUCGUGCAUCGAACGCUGUUUGUGGGGGCACUGGACGUCUUGGUUGCGGCUUGCCGCGGCCGGGAAGCUUUCAAACACCCGGCGCUGGCUCCGGCUCGAGCCCUUCCCCGCAGCCCGCGAAGCCCGCGAAGCCCGCGAAGCUUCAAGUCGCUCCGGUUCACGCGGAAGCGACGGCCGAGGAGCCGGAGAAAGUCGCUGGCUCGGGAUCGCAAGCCACUGCGACUGCGACUGUGCCCGGUGGAGCCUGGGUCUGCACCAGUUGUGGAUGGCGAAAUCAGGCCUGCAACGAUGUGUGCGGUGGUGUUGGGCGCCUGGGGUGCAAAGCUCCGCGGAGUGGACGUGCAGAGGAGCCCGACGUGAUGCCAGUGCAGGAGAAAUGGACCUGCCAAGCUUGCGGAGCCGAGAACGAAGCGGACCAAAUCACAUCCUGUUCAUCCUGCAGCAUAUCGCGGCGCCUCAAUGGAGUGGUCAAAUCAAUAGGAGUUGACUACGGGUUCAUCUCCUGUCCACAGACAGCAUCUGCUUUUGGACGUGAUGUGUACGUCAGCAAGCAAGUCCUUGAAGCUGCUUUUCGCAAAGGCAGAGGUGCCAGCAGUGGCAUGUCAGUGAGUUUCAUCGUUUGGCUGAACGAAAGUGGGCAGCCAAAUGCAAGUAAAGUGGUUCCUGUCGAGGGUGGCAGUGUGCACGAGGACACGGAGUUUCAAGGCACUGUGAAGUACAUGUCAAAGGAGAAAGGCUACGGUUUCAUCGAGUGCAAGGAGACGUUCGAUCUCUUUAGCUGCGAUGUGUAUGCUGACCUCCCAGUGCUGAACGACUGCUCGCUGGGUCAGCCCGUGAAAUUCGGCAUCAGGUUGGGACAGAUUGGCGGACGUCCGCAGGUUCGCAACCUUUCAACUGCUGGCCCGCCACCUGAGCACCUACCAGCAACCUGCAGUUCAUUGGCACAGGAGGUGCUGUCCACUGCUUGGGCAGGGCCAGUUCUGCUGUUGGGCGAAGGUGACUUCACGUUUGCCGCUGCUGCGGCCACCAUCCACACGGAAUCCAAACUGGAUGCCACAGUAGUGCUGGAGGAAGAUCUGUGGCAGGAACGCUUCCCAAAUCACCACAAGGUUGUGGAUGCACUGAAGGAAUUGGGACACAGCAUUCGUUUCGGCGUGGACGCGAAACAGGUCGACUGCGCAAACUAUUCCAUGAUCGUCUUCAACUUCCCAGCAGUUUCAGCACAAGAAGUGCCCCGCGAUGAUGGUGGAAAGCUGUCGGCGAGUGGAGAACUGGCGUUUGGGUUCCUGAUGAAUGCCAGGGCUUCGGCAGACAUUGGGACGCUGUUGGUGCUUGGUUUAUGGGGCCGCUGUGAUGGUGGUGCAGACGCCCGGCUGUAUGGCCAGGACUGCCACGAGCUUGUGGCAGCAGCUUUGACAAGGGAUGGUGCGAGGUGUUUGGAGGAUGCAUUGCCCGGUGGCUAUUCGCGUUCUGGCGUGUAUGCUGAUUACGGCUUCUAUCACGCUUACGAGCAGGAGGGCUACUCCUUCCGCACCAACUGCAUCGCUUCCUUUGAGAGCUCCCACAAGGAGUGGCACUUGCAGGCAUGUUUCAUUCUCCGGGUUGUGGCUGCUGCGGCGACAGAUGUCGAAAAAGGUUUUGUGAGCCUGCCUUACAUGGCUCGUGGUGGCGCUUGCAGCUGGAGAUCUAGAGCUAAGGAGAAGCUCGUGGAAGAGACGCUAAAGCGAAGACCUCUGGGCGGCCCCAAAGACUGGGCCAAAGACGCCGGUGCCGAAGAUGGCGAAAGUGGGGAACUCGGAAAAGUCACAAGUUCUGAACCGGUCCAGUUGCGAAGUGUGGCAGCCAAAGAUGUUGUCGAUGCAACACCAGAGACGCAGCCCCCUUCCCGGACAGUUUCGCCAACACAACCUGCGCGCCAUCACGCGGUGAAUGGAAUUUGGUUUGUUGUGGUCUGCUUCAUCAUACUCGAUGCCCUGAAACCUAUCCUUGUGACUUGGGCGAACCAGUCUCAUGCGGAGGGCGAGCCCGGAUUCAUUCGGGGGACUUUUGUGCUGGUUCAGACAGCGCUCUCGCUGCUCGUGGGCCUCUGUAUUGCGGUGCAGCCAUCCCUUUCUUUGUCUCGACCUCAUUUCAGGCUUCAUCCUUUCUGGCGCUCAAGGGUGCGAAGAUGCCUGAGCAUGAAGGUUGUGGUGCGGCAGCUGCCCGUGUCGGUUUGCCUCUGCUUGAGCAAACUGCUGCUAGUUUAUGCGCUCGGUCGCCUAGAUGCAGGCACUGUGCGCGUGUUUGGGCAAGCCAGCUUGCCUUUGGUGGGUGUCAGCAGCGCCUUAUUCUUCAACAGGAGGUACUCCUUGCAGCAGUGGUGCAGCUUGAUGGCUGUGUCCCUUGGUCUCAUCACGUUCUACUACGUCAAGGCCAAGUUUCCGCCGCUUGCCAUGCUGGAGAGCGCAACGCGUCUGUCACAGCUCUUCUUCGAGGAAGGCAAGCUGGAUGUGAGCAAUCGCCUCGAUGAUGGGUUUCGAGAAGCAGGUGCUGACAUGGACCCGCUGGCACCUGGCGUUGAAUGCUUGCUCGUAGACAGGAAUGAGGACGAGCCUUUGCAGCAAUUUGUCGAGCGGUGCCGGAAGAAGCUGCGGAAGGCAAAGGACGAGGCGGCGCAAGCUAUGGUACUGGCACUGCUGGUGUCAGAUGCAUGCGGUCGAUCGGGUGUCCAUGCAUCAGACUUGCAGGCCAGGCAUGCGGAGCUAGUCGCCGGCCAGCGGCGGACAACUGGUGUGGUGUUGCUGGGAGAUCUUCUAGGCGAAGUCGCAGCUUCCCCAGCUCGGAAUUCUCGAAGCCGCUCUGGUGCCGCAUUGAGUGAGCGGGCCAUUCUCUUCAAAGCAGUAGCAGAUUGGCUGGGUACUUUCUGUUGCACCCUGCAACGUCAGCAGAACGCAUUGUUCAACGUGGUCAACAUCAGUCAGAUGCCCUGCGUCGUCGACCUGCUAUUUGACCCUGGAGGCCACGCCACCAUCUUCAAGGACGGACCUCAGCGGCCAGAUGCCACGGCCUCCCUGGCACGUAGAAUUGGCAGGGGUGGCUUCGGAGAGGUAUUUCAUGGGCGAUGGGCUGGCGUGCGGGUUGCAGUGAAAGAGAUGAAGGAUAGCUCACGUGCUCCGAGUGAUGCUGAUGUUGUGGAGUUUUUGCUCGAGAUUGCGAUGCUGUCUCAACUGAACCACCCGAACAUCGUCCGCUUUUGGCGAGGCUCGACAGAGAUGCAUUCGGGUAGCCGGAGCUUGCUGAUGGUCACGGAGUACAUCAAGCAAGGAGGUCUCUCCAGGCUCUUGCACGGGCAUGGAGGGCCGGCACUGCCAGAUCCGCUGACGCUGGGGCAGUCUCUGUCUUUUGCUUUGGAUGUUGCCCGUGGCGUGCAGUACCUCCACGGCCAGCGCAUUCUUCACUUGGAUCUGAAAAGCCCGAACGUCUUGUGCGCUCCAGUCUGGACUGCGAAGUUAUGUGACUUCGGUCUGGCGAAAAUGCGAGGUGAGGCGACAUACGUGCAAUCGACGCUGCAGGGUGUCAGUCCGGUGUGGGCACCGCCCGAGAUGUUCGAUAGCAAGAGCGGAGGCUUAACGGAAAAGGCUGAUGUCUACAGCUUUGCCGUGAUUUUCUUCGAACUCUUGACGAAGCAAGUGCCUUUCGCAGAAGUAAGCUCUGCCAAGUUGCCAGCAGCCAAAGCCGCCGGCCAGCUCCCUCGCAUCCCAAAUUCAGUGCCGGCAGACUGUGCUGACUUAAUUUUGCAGUGUUGUGCAGCAAAUCUUUUGGGCCGGCCCUCGAUGAGUGGGGCCGCAGCCAGGGUCAGGGAAAUUGCGCAGUCGCACGAGAUACAACUGGCAGAGGUCAAACCACCUGCUGCCUUGCUGCGGUUCGAUGAUGACCAAGAGAGAAGGGUGCAAGAAGCUGAAGAUGCUGCAGCCCAAACUUUGAUCGAUGUUGACAAGCAGCGGGCCCAUCUUCGCAUGGAGCUCUCAGAACUACACAGACAGAUUGAAAUCGCCAGGAAGCGCCAGGCUACAGAAGCUGCAGAGGCCCCGAAGAACUCCGCCAGUCCGAGCCGAGAGGAUGCAGCUGGCACUGGCACCACUCCGGAUGACUCCUGGUGCGAUCCGUUUGUGCAAGAAGUCGCUGGCGCCAAAUUUCGCUGCGCUCUCUGCUCCAAGUUGUUCCGUGGACCUGAGUUUGUCAAGAGGCAUCUGGAAGCGAAGCACAGAGACGAGGCAAAGCGACUUAUCGAGGACAAAUAUUUUGAUUGCGACGUGUCUCGAGAGGAUGCCUUGCCGGUACACCAUGCAGUGGGAACUGCAGUCGGCAGAAAGGGCCUGGGCUGGGUUUCGCCAUGA